CUCACUCUAUUCGGCACUUGUUCAUUCGUCGCCCCGAUGUCAUCACACCAUCAUCUCGUCAUCAUUACUGGAGCAAACCGCGGCUUCGGAGCAAGCGUCGCUCAUUCCUACGUCGCCAACAGUGGAGCAGACACGGUUUCGUUUGUGCUUGUCGGAAGGAACCAGCAGGGACUCGACUCGGUCCUCACCAGCCUGCGCAAACUCACCUCUGAAAACAACGUCGCCGUCAAGGGAGCCAUUGUUGGAGAUGUUGAUCUCGCGGAUAUGGAAAGACUCGAUAACAACUUAGUCAGGAUUCAAGCAGCCGUUACGGAGUUGAGAAACGAAUCUAUUCAGUCAAAGAACGUUAUCUCAAAGUCAGUGCUCAUCAACAAUGCAGGAUCCAUUGGUGACCUCAGCAAGACUGCAAAGGAGAUGACUUGGCAGGAAACACGGGCCUAUCUCGACUUUAAUGUCGUCUCCUUUGUUGGACUUACCUCUGCAUUCCUCAAGGACACCCUAGGAGCGUACCCCAAGGAGCAAUACCCGGGUCACAAAACAGCUAUCGUCAGCAUAUCCUCCUUGCUCGCUGUUCAGCCAUUCUCAAACUGGAGUCUCUAUGCCGCCGGAAAGGCCGCUCGCGACAGGUUUUUGGGAGUCAUUGCCCUUGAAGAGAAAGCGAACAACGUCAAGACGCUGAACUAUGCCCCUGGGCCAUUGAAUAACGAUAUGCAGGCGGACGUCAGACGCACGCUCGGAGACAAGGAGCAGCUCGAGAUCUAUGAUGGAAUGCACAAGAGUGGAUCACUGGUUAACAUGGACGACUCGAGCCGCAAACUUGUUUUGCUGCUCAAGAACGACGAGUAUACCACUGGUGGGCACAUCGACUUCUAUGACGAAUAAAGGAUCUCUUCUCAGCGGCGUACCUGCAUGUAAUAGUAAUAUUCAAUUGCUUUUUUUGGGAGAAAGCAGAGCGCCCUAUAUUGUGCGAAUUGAAAAAAAUAAAAAAUAAAAAAAACG